CAGAACAUUUGAGAAAUAACGAUAAGAAGUAAAGCUGGUUUGCUGUUCGCGUCAUUAGGUUUAGGUUACAGUUACGCUUAGUAAUAGUUAUAGUUUUAUAUUUCAACUGAAUGACAAAGGUAAAGCGUCAUUUGUCCUUUUCAGUGUCACUUUUGAAUAACAGGACACACACUCAAACAGGUAUGGCAACUCUCUCGCCACCGUACGCCCCGCCCUCCAUUGUUUUUGUCAAACAAAGCCAUGUCAUUCUCGCCGAUGGUUGGUUGAGCGCAACGACCGCCUCACGCCAACAGCGCUCCCAUUGGCUGAAGGCCCCGUCAAUCAAGUGUGCGGAAAAAAAUGCUUAAAAUGUACAACUCCGGCUUUCGACUGGCACAGAAAGAGGGAUACAGGCUGAGAAAGAGAGAGGGAUCGGAUGCAAGAUGGAAUGAUGUGACAAAACGGACUCUUACGGAUGAUUUAGGCUGUAUCUGAGCAGUAAUGGUGGCACGGACGCGUUUCGUUUCGACCGGGGAUUGUUGUUUUUUUUGUGAAUGGGGAUUUCGUCGCAGGCCUCGGACAUCUGAUUCAUUUUCAUCAUCUGAUUGAUUUAACACUGUGGUUUUAUUUGUGAAUUGGCGAGAUGAAGAGGGUUAAUAGUUUCCAGAGGUUUAUGAACACCCGCGCGGCUGCAAACUGCCGUUACCAGCCCACGUGUUAUGAGCACGCGGCCAACUGCUACACCCAUGAGCUGCUGAUUGUGCCGGCGUUCGUGGGAAUGGCUCUGUUAUACCGGCUGUCAGAUGACCGCUGGGAGCGGAUCACGGCCUGGGUCUACGGCAUGGGUCUGAUCGCUCUGUUCCUCGUCUCCACGGUCUUUCACAUCAUUUCCUGGAAAAAGAGCCACAUGAGGACCAUGGAGCACUGCUUCCACAUGUGUGAUAGAGUCGUCAUAUACUUCUUUAUCGCUGCCUCUUACACACCAUGGCUCAACCUCCGGGAGCUCGGGCCGCUCGCCGCUCACAUGCGCUGGUUUGUGUGGCUGAUGGCGGCCGCUGGGACCAUCUAUGUGUUUAACUACCACGAAAAGUAUAAGUUAGUGGAGCUGGCGUUUUAUCUGACCAUGGGCUUCUUUCCUGCGCUGGUGGUGACAUCAAUGAGUAACACAGACGGACUGUACGAGCUGGCGUUCGGAGGCUUGGUCUACUGCCUGGGCGUCGUCUUCUUCAGAUCGGACGGUGUGAUUCCGUUCGCUCACGCCAUCUGGCACAUAUUCGUGGCUCUUGCUGCCGCCAUCCACUACUACGCCAUCUAUGAGUACCUGUACAGCAGUCCCUCGCUGGAGGACAUCAGGGAUGCUUGAGCGCCACGCCUGCCUCCUCUUCCUCUUUCCUCCUCCAUCACCAUAACAUCUCAACCGGAUGCUCCAAACACCCACAGUUUAACAGUACGACCAUGCAAUGUUUACGGUUUUCUAACCAACUGGAAUCAGUGAAGUGUGUGUGUGUGUGUGUGUGUGUGUGUGUGUGUCGCAGUCCUGAAUGCACAUUUGCCACAGUUGCACCAAGACGACAAUGUUUGUGUGUUUUCCCCAUUUUCAUCAGUAUUUUGUAAAUAUAUUCCACUGGAAGCAGAUGAAUUGUGAUUCUUUUUGAUAUUUAAUGAUUUUUCCGUGCAUUCAGUCACACACACACACACUCAGUAGCAGUUUCAUAUCAUCUGUAGUGAAUUACUUUUCUUUACUCGUGCGACUUUCUGUAUCAAAUCUAUAUUUUUGCAUCUCAACUCACUGGGUUUUUACUUCGUACGUGUGGCUAGUUGUUUUCUACGAAGCGCUGGUGGUUUUCUACACUCCUGGCAUCUCCUUCCCCCGUGUUUCUGCUCUUUCAGCUUUUUUCUACACUUUUCUAACAGGAAAAACCACUUCUCUUUGAUACUCCAUUUGGAUAGAAACGAUGUUGACCGCUUCUCUGCACAACCAGGAUUAUGAUGCUUUAGGAUGUUUUUUUUCUCAACACCUGAACCACCUUAAAGACACACUUUCUGUCUCAAUUUCAGCACAAUAUUCGAUGGAUUUUUGAUUAAGAAACGUUAACCAAUGACACUAGAAUUAUGAAGAAUCUGACCAAAACGGGUCAUAUUUCAUCCCAAAAUCUUUGGAGAUUUGCAGUAUUGCAGUAAAUUUGAAAUUGCAUUGCACUAGGAAAAAACUAAAGCAUACUAUAUUUUAUAAUAUAUAAUUUACAUA